AUGGAUGCAGUGCUCGUGAGCCCGUACAAGUUCGAGGUCGAGCAUCCGCACUUGGAAGCAUUGGACUCGCACGAAACAGAAACGGACGCAGCACAAAGAACGGUCGAGUAUUCCUACAAAGCCAGUGUGCAAAAACGCCCACAACCCGGAACGAGUGUCCUGUUCCGCUUCUUAAUCCAGCACGCCGUGACACCGUCAGCGGAGAAACUAGAGUCGCGGACAUUCUCAAUUGACAUCCCGAUCUCUGCAACCAGGUCUCAGGACGCCCUUGUGCUUAGAUAUCAUGGAACCGAACGAGGAAUCGACUUCGACUUGGUAUGCGUGCUGCAGUCUGCACCUGUCACCGAAAAGAUGCUUGAAGAUGGUCUUUCUUGGACUGUGGCAGGGGCCCACUACCCGCUGAAAAUACUCUUCCGGGUCAAAGUGGCCUUGUUCCUUUUGGAACGGUCGGCACAACAGGUGUUCAUGUGUUUCAGGAAGGAAGCGGGAUGCUUUGGAAAAGCGUCCCUCCUCGAGGAGGCACCAACAACGGGCGACCUGAGUCUCAUCUGCAAGGACGGUUCAAAAGCCCCGGCGCACGCCGCGGUUCUUGCUGGCAUACCCUACUUCCAGUCAAAGCUCAAGGACGACUGGUCGGGGACUGAAUGGAACAUGCACAAGAAGCUGGACGUUCACCUGCCGUGCCCGGUGGACCAGAAAGUGGUCGGGGCGUUUUUAAAGUUCGCGUACGGAGACGCUGCGUCUCUGCUCCAGCUUGAACCGUCCGAGGCCCCCGUUCUGCAGGACCUCUUCUCCUUGGCCGAGUCGAUCGCUUUCACCGCCCUGUGUGAGAGCGUCAAAAAUCACGUGCAAGUGACGGAGGAGAACGCGGACUCCUGGCUCGAGUGGCUCUCAGAGGAGCACAGUCCGAUCGCCCGCAAGAUCUUCAGAAAAGUGAAGCGAGUGGUGAAGCGGCCCUUCGAAGACAAGGACUUUUGGGCGGACGUGACCGAAGAGCAGCUUGCGGUGCUGAACAAGGUAGCGGCAAAACGGAGGAAAACGGGGAAGGCCUCGAAGAGUUCGUAG